CGUCGGGGCAAGAGCCGUUGUUCCAGCGCCACGUCAGAUUCUUCACUCCCCCCCACUCUGUACGAAGAAAAAGCACACAAUGCGAAUUGCGCAACGUUUCUAUAUUCCCCCAUCCUCCCUCUACCUCUAGUCUCGAAGAAGUCUCAAUCUUCCUCGUUUCUGACGUUUUUCGUUCAUUCACUUUCGAUUUUCGAAAUAUUGGGCACGGAACCUGUGGAUUCAAUCUCUGCAGCCAUGAAUAUCUUUCGACUUGCAGGCGAUAUGACGCAUUUGAUCAGUAUUCUGGUGCUGCUGCUCAAAAUCUACGCUACCAAAUCGUGUUCAGGGAUUUCGCUCAAGACGCAGGAGCUGUACGCGCUGGUGUUCCUGUCUCGGUACUUGGAUCUCUUCACCGACUUCAUCUCUGUUUACAACACUGUGAUGAAGGUGGUCUUCGUAGCGAGUUCUCUAGCGAUUGUGUGGUGCAUGCGAAGUCAUCGCGUCGUUAAGCGGUCUUAUGACAAGGAGCUUGACACUUUUCGGCAUUAUAUUCUGGUUUUCGUUAGCUUUGUUUUGGCGCUUUUUAUUCAUGAGCAAUUCACAUUAAAGGAGGUCUUUUGGGCAUUUUCUUUAUAUUUGGAGGCAGUUGCAAUUCUUCCCCAGUUAGUGUUGCUGCAGAGAAGCGGGAAUGUAGACAACUUAACAGGACAAUAUGUUUUCUUUCUUGGGGCUUAUCGUGCAUUCUACAUCCUCAAUUGGAUUUACCGUUACUUCACAGAGAAGCAUUUCAGUCGAUGGAUAUCUGCCAUCUCAGGUCUUGUCCAGACAGCUCUUUAUGCCGAUUUCUUCUAUUAUUACUUCAUAAGCUGGAAAAAUAAUGCGAAGCUUCAGUUGCCUGCUUGACCCAACUAGGGAGAUAAAAGUUCUGAAACAGCUGAGAAUGGGUAUUGUAAUAAUUUGGAAGCUGUUUACUCCAUGGUUUUCUACAGUUGCUGAUGCUCUUUUCAGGAGAAGACUAUUAUGUUAAAGGACACAGGUCCCAUAAUUUUGAAUGCGGGUAACUAUCAAUAUCGAAGGAGUACUUGUGGGCCAACUGAAGAUUUCCACCUGGCACCAACCUG